GUGAAGGGGAUUUGGCUUUGGAAGCAGAGAUAUUGAAGUUCAUGAAAGAUAGUGAGAAACCGGAAUCUUUUCCGAGCAAGAAAGAGUUGGUUGAUGCGGGGAGGAUGGAUCUUGUGGAGGCCAUUCAGAGACAGGGAGGAUGGCUUGCUUUGGGUUGGGAUUUCGAUGAUGAUGGUGAUAGUCAGAAGGAGCAAAAACAACAAUAUGGGUUGCAAGAAAAUGGUCCUGAACAUUUGAAUUUUCUCCGAAAGGAGAACAAAUGGGAUGAUGGGGCUCUGAAAGAGAGUGUUGGUGGUAAGGUUCGGAGUUCUAGGGAUUCUUCCUUCUCCUUAAAUCCUUCUUGCUCUCCAUCAUCGUCCGGUAGAUCACUAGAAGCAGCAGAGGAUGGCAGUGGUAUUGAGGGGAUACUGAGUCGUUUGGAGAGAGAAAGGAGCCUCAAUUUUGGGUUUGGUUUCAAAGAGAAGGAAAUUAGUGCUCGUGUCCCAUGUAAUGAUCACAAAGAUAACUCUCUUGCUCAACCAUCCAGCAUUAUAGUUGCUGGCCCUGAAAGAACACCUUUAUCCAAUACUAGCAGAGGCAUAAUUGACUAUAGUGGGGGCAAACAUAGCCAUGACCAGUCCCAUUUUGGUGUUGAGGGUCUUAGAAACUCCAAAAAUUGGAGCAUUCAGAGAGCAGGGCCUUCAGGCGUGGAAUUUGAAGAUAUUUCAGGAGAUGACAUACUUGAAAUAAGAGAUAGAUCAAAAGAAUUGGACAGAAGUAAAGAAUCAAUUAAUCCAGAUCAACUCCGUAGUCACCUUAAGCGCCUGGAGAUAGAGCUUUCCUCUGCAUUUUGCUCUCUCAGGUCUGAUGCUGAUAAUGUUUCAUCACAGGAGGAUGAUGGAAGGUCCAAGGAUGAUUUACGAAAGCUUUCUGAUGCUUUGGAGUUUCAACAAAAUGAAAUCUUGACUGCUCAGGGCAAGCUACGAUCAAUACGGGCAAAGUUGGCAGUUUUGGAAGGAAAGAUGGCAUUGUCAUUAAUAAAUACACAAAAGACAGUGGAACAAAAACAGAAAAGGAUAGAUGAUGCUCGUAGAGCUUUACGACUUCUUCGCACUGCUUACAUAGUGUGGCCUAAUUCAGCAUCAGAAGUGCUCUUAGCAGGGUCAUUUGAUGGAUGGACCACACAGGUUUGUCCCAUUUCAAGUACAAUUUGAUAACAGUGUAGGUUUCUUUCGUGUUUCUUUGUUUCAUUAAUUAAAGUACAUUUGUGGUUAAACACCAAGUGAAGUUUGCAAGUCUAGAAUCAUUGCAUGGGUUUCUUGAGUCAGCAUUCUCUAUAUACAAUGAUUAUGUUUGAUAGGUUUAGAAAGCAACAAUGUUCUGACCCAUGAGUUUAUUUACCAACUGCAUUGCUGUUAAUCUUAGUAAAUGCCUUAUUCUUAAAUUAAUAUACAACCGAAAAUGUAAUUUGAAUCAACAUGGAGUCUUUCAUUCAGAAUGAGAUCACCCUCCCUAAGUGGUCAAGUGGCCCUCACUUCGACAAAGCAUAAUAGCUGGGCAGUCUGCACCAUUUUCUGUGCUUAACUCAAGCAGUUGCUUUUUGACAACUCAGUUAGGUCUUAAAGAUUCUAAUUAACUAGAGGACUUGAUAUCUUAGUUAAGAUCCUCUGCAUGCAUCUGCUUGUCUAACAAUUAGCGACAUAUAAAACUUAUAAUGGCUCUAUAAUCUUCAGUAUUCUGUCAUGUCAACCAUUUUUGUUAUUAUGAAAAUGUAUAUUUUUGCAGAGGAAGAUGGAAAGGUCAAGAAAUGGUGUUUUUUCCCUGUACUUGAAGUUGUAUCCUGGGAGAUACGAGGUAAGAUUAUUCUGUCAUAUUAUUGAAGACUGACAAUUAUUAAUGCUCUUAGAAUGAGAGACAUUACCUCAUGCUACAGAUCAAAUUCAUUGUUGAUGGUAAAUGGAAGAUUGAUCCCUUGCGCCCAAUUGUACACAACAACGGACAUGAGAAUAACCUACUUAUUGUUACAUAGGUGUAUUGAAUAGUGGUCAUGAGAAAAUACUGAAGAAAUUUAGGUUUUAAUUCUUUAAUUUUUCCUUGUUAACAAGUAGAGAGGAUGCUGAUUAGUUUGUUGUGACAGUGAUUCUUUCAAUAAUAUGAUUUACCUUCU